AUGGGAGCCACUCCCUUCACUGAAAGAAUCCUGAAAGAAAAACUCCCUAAAGGCUUCGACAACCCUACGGAUAUGAAGUACGACGGAACCAAGGACCCCCAGGAACACCUAACGGCCUUCAAGGCCAGGAUGAACCUGGAAGGAGCUGCUGACGCGGUUCGAGGUAAGGCCUUCCCGGUAACCCUAGCCGGGCCAGCGAUUAAAUGGUUCAACGCCCUCCCCGACGGAUCCAUAAUUGGCUUCCACGAUAUAUCACGGAAGUUCAUGGCCCAAUUCACCACCAGAAUCACCAAAGCUAAACACCCCAUUAGCUUAUUGGGAGUCACCCAGAGACAAGACGAAUCCACGAGAAAAUACCUCGAUCGCUUCAAUGAUGAAUGUUUAACGGUCGAGGGACUCACGGACUUAGUCGCAAGCCUUUGCCUAACUAACGGGCUCAUGAAUGAAGACUUCUGA